AUGUCAACAAAAAUCACCCCCCCCCCCUCUUAUGACCCCAAAGUGAAAACUUAUGAAUUGUACAAGCAAGAAUUGUUAGCAUGGAAAGAGGUCACAGAGUUAGAUAAGAAGAAACAGGGAGUUGCUAUAGCCUUGUCCCUUCCUGAAAAUGAUGAGUCCAGGAUACGAGAAAAAGUGUUUGAUCAGCUGAACUUGGAGGAUCUUAAGGAAGAAACAGGUGAAACUUGUGGAAACGCACCCACUACAUCAGUAUCCAUUAAACUUGAACCGGCAUUCCUGGCAGAGAAUGAGGAAGCACUGAUGGCAGCUGGAUAUGCGAGAAUGCCAAUGAAGGGUAACAUUAACAGAGGAGCUGGAAGAAAUGAGCAGACGCGGGGGAGAGGAUUUCAGAGUGGCCAGAGUAGAGGUUCAUACCGUCAGCAAGGUGGGCAAUCGGGUAUAGGCAGUUCAGGCAUUAAAAAGAGCAUGAAUCCAUCAGGACCAGAUGGAAAUGUAUUGACAUGCAAAUCUUGUGGGUCAUUUAGACAUAUGAUGGCAGCUUGUCCUCACAGUUGGGAAAACAUGGCGAAAGUAAACACAUGUUCAGCUGAAGAAGAAGAAUUUGUGCUGUUUACAGGAAACCAACCAAAAGAGAUAAGGCACUUGGGGAUGGAUGCCAGGAACUGUGCAGUUCUAGACAGUGCCUGCAGCAGUACAGUGUGUGGAAGUACAUGGAUCAACACGUACAUUGAUUCGCUUGAUGAACUAGACAAGAAUAGGAUUAAGAAAAUGGAGGGCAGAAGAAUCUUCAAGUUUGGAGGGGGAACUCGUCUUAAAUCUGAGGGAGAAUAUGCAAUUCCAGCUCGUAUAGCCGGGAAAGAUGUUACGAUAACAACUGAUGUUGUUAAUUCAGACAUUCCAUUACUGUUGUCAAGAACAGCUAUGAAAACUGCUGGCGUGAAGCUGAACUUAGAAGAUGACACAGCAGAGAUCCUAGGAAAAACAAUGAACCUUAAUUUGACCUCUUCUGGACAUUAUUGUGUUCCCAUAGAUAAGGCAGAAAUGAUACCAGUUGAGGAAGUUUGCUCAGUCAGGAUCGAUGAGAUAGACCCUAAGAAAAGGUAUUUAACUCUUCUAAAACUGCACCGACAAUUUGCCCACCCACCAAAGAAACGACUGGUAUCACUUUUGAAGGAUGCAGGAGCUUGGCGAGACAACUUCGGCCAGGAUAUUGAAAAUAUUGAGCAGAAGUGUGAUGUAUGCAAGACCUAUGCUAGAACACCAUCACGGCCUGUUGUUUCAUUUCCAAUGGCAUCCCACUUUAAUGAAAAGGUGGCUAUGGACCUGAAGUACUGGAGAGGAAAGUGGAUUUUGCACAUGAUUGACAUGUGGUCCAGAUAUACAGUGUCUGUUUUUAUCCAGAGGAAAAAGGCAACUGAUGUCAUCGAUAAAAUCAUGUCUCAUUGGAUAGGAAUAUUUGGUGUCAUGGGGGCAAUUAUGACAGAUAAUGGAGGGGAGUUCAACUCGGAAGAAACUCGAGAAGUGGCAUCCAUUUUGAAUGUAAAGGUGCAUACAUCUGCAGGUGAAAGUCCAUUUCAAAAUGGAUUGUGUGAAAGAGUGCACUCUGUAACUGACAUGAUGUUGACAAAACUAGAGCAUGACUACAGGGAUGUGAGUGAGCAGAGUCUGUUAUGCUGGGCAAACAUGGCAAGGAAUGUAUUGCAGAUGUGGAAUGGUUUUAGUAGUCACCAGCUUGUGUUUGGGUGGAAUCCCAACCUCCCCAACAUCAUGACAGACAAAUUGCCAGCACUUGAGGGUUGUACAUUGAGCGAGACAUUUGCUAAACACCUUAAUUUGUUGCACAGCACCAGACGAGCUUAUAUAGAGGCAGAAGCUGAUGAAAGAAUUAGGCGAGCAUUGUUGAACAAAGUGAGAGCAGCUGAACAAUUUUAUGAAAAUGGAGAUAUGGUAUACUACAAACGUGAGGGCAGAGAUAGAUGGCUUGGACCAGGUAAAGUUGUGUUUCAAGAUGGCAAGGUUGUUUUUAUACGUCAUGGUGGAGUUUUUCUCCGAGUGUCGCCCAACAGACUACAAAAACUAUCAGAAAAUUUUAUACAAACAGAAGAGAAAGUUACAGAUUCUGGAAAUAUUGAGAAGACACAACAACCAAGAAAAGCAAAGAGUGCAGUCUCUGAAUACCUGAUGGAAAGCAAAAUGAAUCACAGUCCAGUUUCACUAAUUCAAAGCAAUAUUGCACUGAAAGCACAUGACAGCAUUCAAUACAAGAUGGGUGCAGAAGAUGAUAACUGGAUAAAAGCUACAAUCCUUGGCAGAGCAGCCCUAGCGAAACAAAAUGAACUAGAAAAACUCAAAACCUUUGACACGUACACUGAAGUUGAAGAUGAAGGGCAGAAUAGAUUAUCAACAAGAUGGAUCAUCACUUCAAAGGAAGGACAAGUAAGAGCAAGACUUGUUGCACGUGGAUUUGAGGAAGAAUUUUGUAUCCCUAGAGACAGUCCUACAGUCGGAAAAGGUGGUCUGAAGAUAUUUUUGACAAUAACAGCAAGUAAAUUAUGGGAUGUCAAAACCACAGACAUAAAAUCAGCCUUCUUGCAAGGAAAAACACUUGACAGAGAUGUUUAUCUUCAACCUCCAAAGGAAAGCAUCACACCUGCUGGAACAAUAUGGAAGCUGAAACACUGCUUAUAUGGACUAAAAGAUGGUGCAAGACAGUUUUAUUUGAGCGUCAAAGAAGAACUUGAUAAACUUGGUUUUGAGCAAUGCAGUGUGGACCCAGCUCUAUUCUGUUAUAGAAAAGACAGGAAGCUUCAUGGGAUUAUCUGCUCUCAUGUUGAUGAUUUUCUCCAUGCUGGGGAUGAAGUUUUUGAGAGACAGAUUUGCAAGUUUCGAGAGAGAUUUUCUGCAGGAAAAGUAGCUGAAUGCAAAUUUCAUUACAUUGGCUUCUAUGUAAAGCAAGAUCAAGAGGGGAUAGUAUUGGAUAACACCAAUUACAUGGAAAAAUUACAAAGUUUAGAGAUUGACCCUCAGAGAGCAAUUCAGAGGAAAUGUCAGCUGAGUGGUGAAGAACAGACAGCAUACAGACAUAUUAUAGGACAGAUCAACUGGGCAGUGCAGGGAUCAAGACCAGACCUUGCAUUCGAAAUGAUAGACAUGAGUACUAAGCUGAGAACUGCAACUGUAGCAGAUUUAACCAGACCAGCAAAAACCAUUAACAGGCUUAAAGACUUCAAAAGUGUUUUGAAAUUCCCAACAUUAGACCUCACCUCGUUGAAGAUUAUGACGUUUACUGAUGCAUCUCUAGGAAAUCUUAAUGAAGGAGUAGGAAGUACCCAAGGAGUCAUAAUCUGGAUUAUGGACAAACAAGGAAAAUGCUGCCCCCUUUUCUGGCAGGCUAAAAAGAUACGAAGAGUCGUCCGCUCCACUCUAGCUGCAGAGGCGCUUAGCCUACAGGAAGGACUGGAGGCAAGUUUUUACUAUCGACACAUGUUGGAGGAAAUUUUAGGACUCCACAGAAAAUCCAUCGAUAUUUAUGCAUUUGUGGACAAUAAAAGUGUCAUAGAUUCUGUGCAUUCUACUAAACUUGUGGAAGACAAGAGACUUCGAAUUGAUAUUGUAGCUUUGGCAGAAUCAGUCGCGCAAGGGGAAGUACGGAUAAUUCAGUGGUGCUCUGGACAAAAACAGUUGGCAAACUGCUUAACAAAGGCAGGGGCAGAUGGUUUGUGUGUCUUGGAGAUUCUACAAAGAGGGCAAAUGUUGUCGGACUUUGUACUUUAA